CUGGCAUCGCCCUGGCUGGUACCAAGGACACGCCAGACUCGCUUGCCCCUCUCCUCCCUGCCAUCUCGGUGUAUUUUUCUCCAUUCGCCGCUCCCUCCCGGGCACUUUGCUUCGGUCUCGCUUCUUCCCCCUGCUACCCUCCCAAAAAUGAACAUGCAAACGGUUGGCUCCUCCACCCAGCGCUCGCCACCCGAGCGCGGGAGCUUCCCCCUGGAUCGGACUGAUGCCUGCCGCUUGGCUAUGUCGCUGUACAUGGACUGCCUGCGGGAGGCGGCCAACGACACGUCCAAGUGCCGAGACCUGGCCCAGUCAUACCUUGAGUGCCGCAUGAACACCGGGCUCAUGGAGAAGGACAACAUGUCCAACCUUGGCUUCAAGGACAAUGCGGCGGCCAGUGCGCCGACCGACGAGGCUGCCUGCACGUCGUCUUCCAGCACACCGACCGAAGCUGCGGCCCCCGGGUCGUAAUCACUUGCUGCACCUCUCUCUCUCUCUCUCUC